GGCAUUACCAAUUCCAUGGCCGAAACAUAUUAAAAUAUCGAGUAUAAAAUGUCUGUGGAAAUAUCGAUGGAUACAAAUUUUACACUAAUAUUAUAAAUUCGUAACAUCCAUAAAGGAUAAAUAGAGAAAGCAAUAAUUAUCAUUUCAUUUUUGUAGUAAGUUUGACCAAUAAACAAUAUUAGUAUCUUCCGUUAAUGAGAUUCGCGAUGGUGGUACCACCGGAUCGAAACGCAAAGUGAAUUUCCCGCGCUUCUGCCGAUGACAUAGGAAAUUGGCGGGAACGAGGUUCUGUCCCGCCAUAUUUUCAAUGUUAUUAGCGAUCCGCUUUAGUGCUAAUAAAAUUAUAAAAGCGAAUUAAGCUACACUUUCAAAAUUAUUCGCUUUAAUAUUGACCAAAACAAAAGGUAAGUGCCUACCUACAAGGCUAAAAUAUUAUUGUUUGUGUGUUUUAUACACAGAUAUAAAAAUAUUCUGUGGUUUUAUAUCAAUGCUGCUUGAGACAUUUGUAUUAAAAUUGGUAAAUGUGGUGGAUUUUGACUUCGAAUUGAAAUCAUCGAAAUUAUUGCGACAUUUUAGUUGUAAAAAUAUGACAUCAGAAAUUUCCGAUGGAAAUAUUGCAUUGUUUACAAGCUACAGUAUCCACUGUCCGUCACACUAGGAAUCCCUUUCUUGUAGCGAGCAACAUUGUAUUUCUUUUUAAUGUAGUUUACGUAACAAUAAUAAAAACCGACAAUUCCAACCAAAAUAAAAUUAUACAUUAUUUAAAGUUUCUUUUGAAAAUAAAACAUACUCUAAAGAGUUAUUAGAAAUAUUAAAUCCUUACGGAGAAGUUAAUAAUAAAAAAUCACAACGGAAGAAAAUUAUCUAUUGCUCCGAGUACGUCACUGUCAAAACUAUCACAAUGCAAGAUACACCAAGAAAUGAGCGUAUAUUUAUUAUUAUUAAUAUUUGUAUAUAUACCUAAGUUCACUACAAGAGACGUUCUAGCCACAAUAAGUGUUAUCGACAAAGGAAUAUUUCCUUUAGAGAAAGAUUCAGUUGCCAUACAAUUUUAUCUAGACAUCGAAAACAGAAACCCUUCAAGAGUGUGUAGAGUACUGGCGUGGCCAAACCGAUGCUGUAUAAAUAACCCUAAUGAUUCUGACUGCACCCCUAUGAAAGUGUUUGGUCAUUUCAAAGGUUUUGUCAGAGAAAAGGAUCGUGACACAUUGGUUUUCGUCCUGCCUUCCCUCCAUCAACACGAUUUGUAUGGUUCCUGUGAUUUUAACAUUGUACAUCAAUGUGAUAAGAAUACUAAACACGUAAAAAGAACUGUCGAAAUACAUUUAGAUACUAGAUUAAGAAAGCAUACAAAUAAUGAAUUGCUUCUUGAUUAUAUCGGUGGUAAAAAGCUCGCAAAUUGUGACAAUAUCGACGAAGACUCGUUACAAAAUUGUGAGGCUGCCGACUGUGAUAUGAAGUACCUCGGAGCCAAAUCUUACUAUGACAAUGAUAUACAUAGAUGUGUAGAAGUUACAUCAUGUACAAGUGAUACGUCUAAAGAAUUACCUAAUUCAGUUUACUUGCCUUUCUCCAACAUGUGUCGAGACUAUGAUCGCCCCAUAACCAUGGCAGAUAUUUACGCAAUAAGUACUAGAAUGGGCGUUGUUACGGAGUCGCCGAUAACGAAAAUGGAGAACACGAUAGAAUUGCGACCUAAUUGUACAACAGUAUCACAAAAUAUAUUAUUACUUUGGGAUAUGUUAAAUGGGAAGUUGUGUAAAAUGACCGGUGGGAGUGAUUAUGGCAAAUGUUGCAGAAACGCAAUCUUAGCCAUUUUAAAAUGUAUUGGAUUCCUUUUAUUAUUUGUACUCGGAUCUAUAUUAUUUCUUAUUAUAGUAACGUGGCUUUGGAUGAAAUGGCACACGGGUGAAUUUGUUGAGUUUGUGGACAUGUGUAAAUGUACAUUUAAGAAAUCAAAAGAUGAGGUUCAGAAUAUGGGAGGAGGGAAAAUAAUAGCGAAUACUUCAACGCACAGCGUUAUUAAUAAACAGGUGACCAAUCAGCUUCUAAAAGAAGUAAUAACUAGAGAUAUACCAAUGGAACUGAGAGAUGGCGUGGUAAACAUAUGCAGUAGAAUUGAUGACCAUGUUAGAGAAAAGAAAAGGUACAGAAGCUCGGACUUAGGUAGUCAAAUAAGUCUAAAUGAUACGAUUGAUUCGUCAUCAGAGGAUCCUGAGGAAGACGAAAGGACACCGCUAGUGAAGUGAUUAUUUGACUUGACAAUAACUGUAAACAUUGUAUCUAUAUUAUUAGAGUGAAUAUAUAACAAUAUAUAAUUAAACUAG